UUUCUUUUGACAGCAUUAGUGAAACAUUCUAGAAAAAGAUUUUUUAUUUGCAGAAAGCUUUAGGCUUCAUACUAUUCUUACGACACAGCAAAAUGGGUGACGAUUACCUCAGUAAACCAUUAUCCUUUGGUUCGGCGCAUUCUUCCGGAAUCUCUACAAGCUCACAAGUGCGGCCAUUGUCACCGUAUUUAAACUAUGAUUCACGAUACCUGCAAGCUCAACCAGAAUUCAUCUUUCCUGAGGGUGCUUCAAAACAACGCGGCCGAUUUGAACUCGCCUUUUCGCAGAUCGGCUCCUCAGCAAUGGCUGGUGCAUGUAUCGGUGGUGUGGGCGGAUUGUACAAUGGGUUCAGUUCAACAAAACUGGCAAAUCAAACUGGGAAGCUACGACGAACACAAUUGUUGAACCACGUAAUGAAGCAAGGUGCUGCAACUGCAAACACACUAGGCACAAUUGCCGUUAUGUACUCGGCAUUCGGUGUCCUAUUGCAAUGGACACGCGGUGAGGAUGACGACAUCAACACAGUUGUGGCAGGAGGAGCUACCGGUCUGUUAUACAAAUCGUCAGCCGGUCUGCGGAAGUGCGCCCUAGGCGGCGGUAUUGGAUUGGCACUUACUUCGUUAUACGUCCUUUGGAGUGCAACAAGCGGUGGCUCGAAAAAGCUAAAUGACUUGAAGUCGCAAUACCUUUAAGGGAAAACAAUAGAUAAAAACGUGUUUGAGGUUAAGUCGUAACGGAACUAACAACAGCCAUUAGAACGGUUAUCCAACUAAUUGAAACUUUUCUAGACUAUGGAGAUUGCGAAUGUGUUCAACGGGGGCGCUUUACACAAAUAUACGAGCAUUCAACUAAACUUUUCUUAUUCGAGGCUGUAAACUGUAAACGCAAGCGUAGCAAUAGGAAAAGUUGUAAAAUGUUGAUGAAACGUUUACGUUUGUCUGAAUAAAACGUAAGCAAGUUAAUAAUCAAUUUUCUAUCUAUCAACUAGUAUGGAUAGUUUGCGGGGAAACUAUUCACAACCGCAUGACCAUUCAUCAAACAAGAUUAGGAUAGUUGUUAGCUUAAAUAAUUAUCACUAGGCGGCUAUUAUCAUUUUCCUUUUUUCAAUUAUGUUUUGUGGUUUUGGUUGAACCAAAUUUUGGAAUCGUUCAGGUCAAGUAAUAAAUUAAUAUAAGCGAAAA